GGUCGGGGACUAUGAUCCGCGAGAUGUUCGUGAGUUCAGACGAGGAGGACCUUGAGAGUCCGUGUGACGUCGACCCGGAGCGCGCCGGCCUCACGAGGCCGAACCGCGACAUGCACAACCGUUGCUGCGGGGGCAAGGCCUGGUGCAUUAAGGACAUAUGCGGCAUAAUAUGCGCGGUGCUAACAUGGAUGCUGAUCCUAUACGCGGAGUUCGUGGUGAUGAUGGUGAUGCUGCUGCCAGCCAUGUCGGCCUACCCGCUCUACAGCUACGUCAACAUAUUCCUCUUCCAGAGCCUGGCCUUCCUGGCGUUCGCGAGCCACCUCCGCACCAUGUUCACGGACCCGGGCGCGGUACCAAAAGGCAACGCCACCAAGAAGAUAAUCAAACAGAUGAGUUUCCGCGAGGGCCAGGUCAUCUUCAAGUGCACCAAGUGCUGCAGCAUCAAGCCGGAGCGCGCGCACCACUGCUCGGUGUGCCAGCGCUGCAUCCGCAAGAUGGACCACCACUGCCCCUGGGUCAACAACUGCGUGGGGGAAAAUAACCAAAAGUACUUCGUGCUUUUCACGUUUUACAUCGCGGCGAUAUCGAUCCACUCGCUGGCGCUAUCGCUGUACCAAUUCGUGACGUGCAUACGGCACGAGUGGCGCGACUGCAGCACGUACUCGCCGCCCGCCACGGUGGUUCUGCUGCUGUUUCUGAUAGCGGAGGCGCUUCUGUUCGCCAUCUUCACUGUGGUCAUGCUCGGCACGCAGCUGCACGCCAUAUGGAACGAUGAGACGGGCAUCGAACAACUAAAAAAGGAGCAGGCGCGGUGGGUGCGCAAGUCGCGGUGGAAGAACAUCCAGCAAGUAUUCGGCCGUUUCUCGGUGUUCUGGUUCUCGCCGUUCACGCAACCCUCCAUCAAGACCAAGCUCGACAGCUACCUGUAUAGCGUUUAACAGCUCGACACUUAUAUCACCAAGUACACCUUUUAGCACUUGAUAUUAUUGCUAAACUACGAAACAUUCACACGGGAGUACGCGGUUUUGUCGCUGGCGACAAA